AUGAACUUGUACACAUCAGACGGGCUGCUGGUGAGUGGGGGCACCGAGACAGGUGGUCUCUCGGUGGAGCAGGGGCAACGGCUACUCUCCAUCUAUCGACUCUUCCUUCAACUGCACCACGCUGGCACCGGUGCCAUGCGCAUUAAGGACAUGAUCAAGCCUGGGACGACAGACUCGGUCAGCGAACACGGGAGCGCAGGUGGCGGUGGGGACAAGAACGCCGAUCGACGCGGUGGCUAUGGUACGGUAAACACCAACUGGGGUUCCAUAGUGCCAUCCAUGCCGGAAAGCCCGGCGUACACGGGCAGCAUCGCCGUCGUCUCCAGCGGCACCCCAUACCCCAUCUUUCUCUUGUCGUCCAACGCGAUCCCGGAAACCCAUCGACUUCGCGGGUUUGCCUCUGCAGCGGCACCCCAGCAACACCAGGCGGCCACCGCAGCCACAAAGAACAACAACCGCAGCGCGAAUGGGUGUGAGGAAAUCGCCCUGCGAUGGGGUCUGCUGACGAAGCAGAACCCUUCAUGCCCCGCUGCGACGGCAGGGGCGAGCGCUGCUGUAGGGGCUGUUACUGGGGCCCCUGCAAACGCACUGACCUCCAUGACAGCAUCGGUGAACGCCACCGCAGCUACCGAGAUGACCGCAGAAAUAGGGCCCGAUUCGCCAGUGGAUAAGAAGGGUGCCGCCGGUGCACAUCACAUCUCGAUGGCGAACACGACGUCUGCUUGCAGUGUGACGCCAACGGCGUCGGCAGCUGCCCCCCCGGCACGCACUUCAGCCCUCGCACUGAGCACGUACCCAUCUGGGUGGACGGCGGCAGAGCUGCAGGUGCACACGACGAAGCAGGUUAUGGUGUGCACCGCCACCGAGCUGUCACUCGACCUGGACGAAGGUGUCGAGGACGGCAAUGCACCGCUACUUUUCUGCUGCUCAGUGCAGCCCACCUCGGCUUAG